CAUAGCGGCAUCGGCAUGUGCAAAUUUGUUUGCACAGCCAAAAUCUGAGAUACUCUCUCUCUCCGUGGGCUGCUGGAUCUCCUCUUCUCCCUCCAUGCCUCAACGCAUUUUCCCGAGAAAAUAAGGCCUCUUUCAACAAAUUUCCCGAGAAAAUAUGUCGGACGCUUUGAUCAACGGGCUGGCGGGAGCCGGUGGGGGGAUCAUAGCACAGCUCAUCACCUAUCCUCUUCAAACCGUGAAUACGCGUCAACAAACAGAGCGUGAUCUGAAGAAGGAGAAGAGGAAGCAUGGAACCAUUAAACAAAUGUGUCAGGUGGUAAAACAAGAGGGAUGGGGACGAUUGUACGGAGGGUUAGCACCGUCACUAGCGGGCACAGCUGCGUCUCAGGGUGUUUACUAUUAUUUCUAUCAAAUAUUCAGGAACAAGGCUGAAGCUGCUUCGCUUGAACGUAUGAAAAUAGGGAUUGGUGAUGGAUCGGUUGGAAUGUUGUCAUCACUUCUGGUGGCUGCUUUAUCAGGGUGUCUGAAUGUGCUUUUGACAAACCCUAUAUGGGUAGUUGUUACACGAAUGCAGACACAUUCAAAAAUCUCAAAGAAGUCCCACCCUGGUCAGACACUGUCCGUAACUCCAGAUGAAACAAUUCCUGCUGCAAGUGAGCUUCCUCCCUAUGGAACUAGUCAUGCGAUUCAAGAAGUCUUUGAUGAAGCUGGAGUUCGGGGUUUCUGGAAAGGUGUAUUCCCGACAUUGAUCAUGGUUAGCAAUCCUUCCAUGCAGUUCAUGCUGUACGAAACUAUGUUGAAGAGGCUGAAGAAAAAACGUGCCUUAAGUAAGAAGGGCAACAAUGGAGUGACUGCUUUAGAGAUAUUUCUUCUUGGUGCUUUGGCGAAACUUGGAGCUACUGUUGUGACGUAUCCUCUUUUAGUUGUUAAGUCACGACUUCAAGCAAAACAGGUUUCUACUGGAGAUAAAAGGCAUCAUUAUAAAGGAACAUUGGAUGCAAUCCUAAAGAUGAUCCGCUAUGAAGGGUUCAAUGGCUUUUACAAAGGGAUGAGUACAAAAAUUGUGCAAAGCGUCCUUGCUGCUGCUGUUCUAUUCAUGAUUAAGGAAGAACUUGUGAGGGGUGCUCGGUUAUUGCUUUCUAAGGAUGCUAUUAACGCAGUGAAAUCAAAGCCUCCAUGAUUCCUCCUCUCGAUAUUUUUUUUCCCUCUCACUAUCUUUGUGGUGUGUCAUUUGGAUAAAUGUUUAUGAGUGCAUUAUAGCAUCCAUAUCAUUAUGAUUAUGGUCCUAUUAUAUUCGUUAGACUUACUAGACGUUAGACGUUAGACUUUAGACGUUGAAAUGCCUCUGAUUUCUUCAUGCAAUAUCAUUAUCCCGUUUGUAAGAACAAAUGGAAUCAGAAAUUUAAUAAUAUAUAUUAGAGUUUGAUAUUUAUUUCUA